GGAUUUAUGAACAAUUCAAAAACAAGCACUGUGACCGAAUUUGUCCUCCUUGGUUUCCCUGGUUGUCAGGAGAUGCAAAGUUUCCUCUUCUCGGUUUUCUUUGGGGUCUAUGUAUUUGCUACAAUGGGAAAUGGUACAAUUGUCUGUGCAGUGAGCUUGGACAAACGUCUCCAUAUGCCAAUGUAUAUUCUCCUGGGAAACUUUGCUUUCCUUGAAAUCUGGUACAUCACCUCCACUGUACCGAGUAUGCUAGGCAAUUUCCUCUCAAAGACAAAGACUGUCUCUUUUGUUGACUGUUUGACCCAAUUCUACUUUUUUACUUCCCUGGGUACAACUGAAACGUAUUUCCUUUGCAUCAUGGCAUAUGAUCGGUACCUUGCCAUUUGCCGCCCACUGCACUACUCCACUGUCAUGACUACACGACUUUGCUAUAUCUUGAUAUCUCUUUGCUGGUUGUUUGGGUUCAUUAGUUACUCUGUGUCUGCUGUACAAUUAUCUCAAUUGCCUUUCUGUGGGCCCAACAUCAUCAACCACUUUGUGUGUGACAUGGACCAACUGAUGGCUCUGUCCUGUGCCCCAGCUCCCUUCACUGAGAUCACCUUCUACAGCCUGAGCACCUUCAUUAUUGUCCUCACUCUUCUAUACAUCCUGGGCUCUUAUAUACUUUUACUGAGAGCUGUGCUAAAAGUUCCCUCAGCAACAGGCCGACGGAAAGCCUUUUCUACCUGUGGGUCACAUCUGACAGUGGUGUGUUUAUUCUUUGGAGCCCUCUUGGCAAUGUAUGUGAGCCCCACAGCUGAAAACCCAGCUGCAAUGCAGAAGAUUAUGACUUUGUUUUAUUCUGUGGUGACUCCUUUCUUAAACCCUUUGAUUUACAGCUUACGAAACAAAGAGAUGAAGGCUGCACUGAAGAAAGUCUUGAGAAUAGAAUAA